AUGGGGACUGACGGAAGAGCUAUCGACCGCGUCUCCGUCGAGGUAUGUUUCCAACUGACAGAAAACAACGUCUAAUAAUGGCAUAGGUACCCUUAGUCUAACAUACUUGACGUAACCUUGGUACACUCGUCAACACCAAUGAAGCUCGAAGAGUUGCCAAGGUAUCUUCAUUUCGGUAGUUUUCUUACUACCCUCCUCCUACAUCCCACCAUAUCGUGGAGAUCGAUCUGCACGUACCCCGGCAUCGAGGUCCGUUCAGACUGGAUGUGCCACUACAUUUCCCAUUGUCUGAUGCCAGCAUACCUAGUUGUCCCUAGUCGAACGCCGCAUGUCUGCGUAGCUAGGGUGACAGGGGCUUUGAGACAUGGAUUGGUGGCGAAGUGUGGCCUAGAAGCUGUCACAACCCCUGACAGAUAUUCAAACAUAUCACCUCUCUAUCGAUACUGAGCCAAAGAUCCAUCUAUUAGUUUGCAGAUAGAACCAUACCUUGGAAACGUUGAACCCCUCAUGUAGAGGACAAGGUUUCCCGGCUCCAGUUUUGGA